AUGCGCGUUGGCCGUCUCUGUUGCCGGGCUGCGUGGCGGGCCGUGGUGCUCCUCCGGAGGGAGGAGCGUUGCUGCCGGGAUGUGGUUGUCGCCGCUGUAGACGGCCGUGCCGAUGGAGGCUGCGGGUGCGGCCUCAACCAUCGCAUCCAGGGGGAAAAGGGAGGAGGAGAGUGGACGAGCGGCCGCCGCUUAGACCUUCCUCCGUCCGGAAUCGAGUCCGCUGAUCCGCGGCCGAUCUCAUUUAAGAGGUAA